CUGCGAACAAUCAAGAAACAGCCUUCGUAUAAGACUAGGCCUUUUAGCUUACAUCUGUUAUUAGAUGGUGUCGAUAUCUAGCACAUUAACAUCCAGGUCCUGCCCAAGGAAGACAGUUGUUGAGCGUUGGAUUUGUCUCCCUUUGAUGCCAGAAACUUCUACUGGCUGGAGUCGACAUGAAUCAAACGUUUGUGUUCCUGAUACUGGUUGUUGGUCUGUCGUUUGUCCAACUGGCGGCCGGCGUUUGUUUGGGGAUGUUUGUUGACACCUGUAAAUCUCAGGUUGUCAACUGCAACCGCACUACGUCCUGGGAUGUCCUGUGUGCCUUACAGCGGUACCCAACCCGAGACGAGGACUGUCCAGAGAGACCUUGUGAGUUUGUCAAAGGAGCGGAUAUCAUUCCUUUCUGCAACUGCUUGCAGGACCUGGUCAGAACGCAGGACUUAAGCAAGGAUGUCCGCUCCUAUCGUCUCCGUCUGGGGGACCAUGUGCUCCCAAGUUUGAGCACCCUCUACUACACCUAUGUCGUGCCCCAAGAUAAGGUCAACGAACUAGUCCGCUAAACCCGUCAGGAAGCAUCGUAUCUUUAGCUCUAUAUGAAAUGGCCAGUGGUCAACUAGUAUGCAUAAUUUAUUCUUUUAAUUU